AUGUCGGUGAAACACUCAAAAGUUCAUUUGUUGAUUCUUUUGUUCGUUCUCGACGAAGUGGCAGGUUAUUUCUACAAUCGACCAAGUCUGUCAUCUGAUUCUCAAUGGAAUCCAAAUGGAACAACAAUCGUGAAUGAAACGAUGAUUGGAACAAAUCUCUUCGAUUUGUUUAUCGAUGAAAACAAUACCGUUUACAUUUCAAAUGAACAAAAGCAACAAAUUUUGAUUUUUGUUCAAGGAAAUGUGAGUUGGAUGAGAAAUAUUUCAAUGAAUCUGAAGAACUCGUCAAGUUUAUUUGUGACGAACGAAGAGAAGAUCUAUGUUGAUACAUUUUAUUCAUCAAAUGUGAGUGUUGUAAGUGAAAUCGAAGUGAACUCAUCGUGGAGAGUGAAUUCCAUUUCACGAAUGAACUUUUGUGAACAAUGUUUUGAUAUUUUUGUGAGUGAAGAUCAAACUUUGUUUUGUUCAUUAUCUCAACAACAUCAAGUUAUUUCCAAAUUAUUACUCAAUCGGUGGGACUACCUGUCAACUGUGGCAGGAACAGGAAGUGAAGGAUCAACAUCAACAACACUUCGAAAUCCUCGUGGAAUAUUUCUCGAUGAGAAUAAUUCAACUCUCUUUGUUGCUGAUUGUG